UUCAUUGUCGGGAUAUAUAAUCUUCUUAUAGAUAUAUAAACGUUAUCUGGCUGCCGUCCGUUGCAGUUGAAAGUGCUCAAUAUGAAAAGUGCACUUUUUGUCGUGGCGCUUUGCGUUGUGGCAGUAGCCACCGCAUCGGCUGAUACGCAUGAGCGUAAGAUUCGUGCUGCCCAGGGAUAUUCCUAUCCUGUUCCAGAUGUGCCAUUUGAGUUGCCGAAGCGCACCACUUUGCCACCACCAACAAGGCCUCCAACUCGAGUGCCCGUGACUUACUUGCCUCCCACAAAUAAGCCACAGCCGCCAGUGACUACUCGUCGACCAACUCCACCACCAACUUAUCGUCCAGUGCCAACCACCAGGGCUACCGUUCGUACUACUCCGGCUCCAACCUACUUGCCACCCACGAACAAGCCACUGCCUCCAGUGACUACUCGUCGACCAACUCCACCACCAACUUAUCGUCCAGUGCCAACCACCAGGGCUACCGUUCGUACUACUCCGGCUCCAACCUACUUGCCACCCACGAACAAGCCACUGCCUCCAGUGACUACUCGCAGACCAACACCAACAACGACAAGAGCUACCAUUCGUACAACUCGUGCGAGCACUCCUGCACCAACAUAUAUACCUCCUACCAAUAAGCCACAACCCCCUGUGACCACUCGUAGGCCAACACCGACACCAACCCGUCCACCAACCCCACCACCAACUCGCCCACCAACUCGCCCACCAACUCGCCCACCAACCCCACCACCAACGUACUUGCCUCCCGUGACCACCACUCGUAGGCCAACGCCCCCACCGACUACCAGGCCUCCUGUCCGUACAACUCGUGCGACCAUCCGCACAACCAGCACUCCAGCUCCUACCUACUUGCCUCCUACAAAUAAGCCACAACCACCUGUGACCCCUCGACCAACACCACCACCAACCCGUCCACCAACCCCACCACCAACUCGCCCACCAACUCGCCCACCAACUCGUCCACCAACGCGUCCACCAACCCCACCACCAACGUACUUGCCUCCCGUGACCACCACACGUAGGCCAACGCCCCCACCGACUACCAGGCCUCCUGUCCGUACAACUCGUGCGACCAUCCGCACAACCAGCACUCCAGCUCCUACCUACUUGCCUCCUACAAAUAAGCCACAACCACCUGUGACCCCUCGACCAACACCACCACCAACCCGUCCACCAACCCCACCACCAACUCGCCCACCAACUCGCCCACCAACUCGCCCACCAACUCGUCCACCAACCCGCCCACCAACCCCACCACCAACGUACUUGCCUCCCGUGACCACCACUCGUAGGCCAACGCCCCCACCGACUACCAGGCCUCCUGUCCGUACAACUCGUGCGACCAUCCGCACAACCAGCACUCCAGCUCCUACCUACUUGCCUCCUACAAAUAAGCCACAACCACCUGUGACCAUUCGACCAACACCACCACCAACCCGUCCACCAACCCCACCACCAACUCGCCCACCAACUCGCCCACCAACUCGUCCACCAACGCGUCCACCAACCCCACCACCAACGUACUUGCCUCCCGUGACCACCACACGUAGGCCAACGCCCCCACCGACUACCAGGCCUCCUGUCCGUACAACUCGUGCGACCAUCCGCACAACCAGCACUCCAGCUCCUACCUACUUGCCUCCUACAAAUAAGCCACAACCACCUGUGACCCCUCGACCAACACCACCACCAACCCGUCCACCAACCCCACCACCAACUCGCCCACCAACUCGCCCACCAACUCGUCCACCAACGCGUCCACCAACCCCACCACCAACCCGCCCACCAACCCGCCCACCAACCCCACCACCAACGUACCUGCCUCCAUCGACCACCCGUAGGCCACAAACUCCACCUACUACCAGAGCUACAGUCCGCACGACUCGGCCUCCAGUGAUCGUUUCGACUCGUAGACCAACUCCGCCACCAACAUACCUGCCUCCCGUGACCACCCAGAGGAUAACGACCCGUAGAACCACUCCGUACGUGCCACCGACCAGGCCUAUUGUGACACCAGCGCCGACCAAGCACCAGGGCUACCAAUACCCCGUGCCCAGCAUUCCCUUUAACUUCUAAGCACCCGUACAGCAGCUCAGUUAUAGCCGUCGAUGAAUUCAACGACGGCCGAAAGGCAGAGGGGUGACAUUUCAUUUCAUUUUAAUUGAAAUAUUAUUGUCUGAGGAGGGGGAUGCAAUAACUGAUGCUCUCUAAAUAUAUCUAGCAAUGCAAAUGCCAACCAUAUCUAUAGGGCUAGAUACAUCUAGUCAAUACAGUCGAAAGGAUUUUUACAGCGUUUCAUGAGGGUGCUCGAAAUUGCGAUACCACUGAAGCGUCAGCAAGAAUUAAACUUGUUUGUUUUUAUGAAUUAAUGAAUCGCAUACUCAUACGAUUAGGGAUCACUGUAUAUGUAUCUAAUUUUUUGUAAACCUCUUACUAUGUACUAUACUGCGCACUCUUGCUAUGUUUUAUGUUUCCCGUCUCAAGACUAUUUAGCUCUAUGUUCAAAUAAAAUGAAAACAAACAUCGUUUUAAAAUAUUUCUGAAG